UAAAUGUCGGGAGUGUUUUGAUGCAGUUGGUAAAAGUGUUAGCAGUGGCAGUUAGAUAAAGACAUCGGUUGAUUCUUGUUUCCUGAGUGUUUCGUAAUCCACGUUACGACCGUAUGUAUAACAGUAUCUUUAAAGUCGUUUUUGUUGAAAUGAUCAUUCGUUGUAGCUAGCAUUGUAUGCUACUGUUUUUAGCCCUAGCCAGAUGGCAUGGCGUGAAUUCCGCAAUCCCAAAGAGAGCCAAUGUCAGGAAUGCGUCGAGCUUGCUAACGCAGUAUUUUGAUACUGUAGCGGUUAUUUUUAGCUAUGAAAGUUACACCAACAGGUCCACCUGUGUCCCUGGCGUUGUCUACUGGACCGGACAGAUAAAUUAAACACCUUUUAAUCACGGUUUGCAGGUCGGGACGAGCCGACAUGGGCGCCCCAUCUGCCCCAUUACCCCAGACAGAUUGUUAGCAGCUCCACUCCGCCACAUCCUGGCCCCGCACCAACGCAAGGACCCAAACAGUGGCUUUCUUUCUUUUCUAUGACACACCCAAUUUAUGCCCAGCUGGAUUCGGUAGAAUCGCUGUUGGACGAGCUACCAUAUAUGUUUUAUUUGGGCCUGUUCUUUGUGAACGUCCUCAUCCUCUACUAUGCCUUUCUCAUGGAGUACAUCGUCCUGAAUGUGGGGAUAGUAUUUCUGCCUGAGGACAUGGACCAGGCGCUGGUGGACCUCGGGGUGCUGUCCGACCCGGCCUCUGUCCCUUAUGACACGGACACGGAGCUGGAUGUGUUUGAGGGGUACCUCGAGUGACAAGGCGGUCCUAGAGGAGAAGGGAGCCCUCCCAGGGCAGUGAUGUGGAGGAAAAAGGACUCACUGGGAAUGCUGCUGUUGCCUUUCUGUCACACAGACAUAUCAGUGAAAAAGUUGUCUCGCCUCAAAAAAAGGUAGCACGAGGCUGAGAUUCAGCACCACCAGCCAGAUGAUAAGCGACUGUCCAGUGGGAAGAGCACUCAGCACUGGAUCAGCUGUCUGUCAGUCUUCCAAAAGCAAUCGACUCUGGCGACUCGUGCUUGACAACAUCAGACAUGAUGAAAGACAAAAGCGAGGAGAGGUGGAAGUAGACAGCUGUUUCCUGUGGAUGACAAGCAAAUGCUGCAGUAAAUGAAGGGCAUGAUUCAGGCUGUGGGCACUACAGCCAGGUUGGACACAGUGCAGCUGAAGUGACUGGCAUUCACACUGAAGAUUACAGAAGUGACUCAAAACUUCACACCGAUGUCCUAUGCAGUGUGACAUCUCAGAAGAGCUGGCAGGAAAGUAAUGUCACACUUUUUAAGCUGUCUGAAUAUUUAGCUACUUUGCAGGCUAACUCAUCAAAGCAGGCCUAGUUAAAAAAUGUAUCCUUUAAGGCCAGCCGUAGUUUUUGUCUGCUUCAGGGAUGCACACACUCUCAGGAGUACAGUCGGGAACUCUGGGUGCACUAGUGAAGACUUCACACCAACACUGGACGCAGGCGGUGAAGCUGUAUGAUGCAGGACAGCUUUAAACUUUACAACUUACCGAAUGAAUCAGGACCACUGUGCUCCAAUCUUAUGUAGAGGGGAAAGCAUUACACUAUGUAAGGGAGAGUAAUAAAUAUGAGAUUAGCCAUUUUGUAGCUGGAUUUAAUGCAAAUUGAAUUUUUUCCACUUAAAGCUCCUGAGAGGUAUUUUUGUUAUGGAAACAUUUAAAAUCGGCUUUCUUGAUAAUAUUUCUAUCUAAAAUAGCAGAAUAAUAAGUCAAACUCUUGAGAAAACCACCAGAAUUUACCUAUUUCUCUGCAAAAUGGAGUGAAAUAAGAAUAAAUGGAAACAUGUUAACCUAGGAUUUUUAUACAUUCUUGCUACUUUGCUGCAAUAUUUUCCAGGCACCAAUUCGAGACCCACUGAAAGUGGCGUUGCAACCCACCUUUUGGUCCUCACCCACCAGUUGAGAACCAUUGCUCUAGAGACUUUUUGGACCAAUAAUCAGUUGCGACAAGCCUCAAAUGGUGUUACACUACUCCUAUCCGUGCAAAUCUGGCCUAAAACUAGUCUUGAAAUCAUCUUGCUUUCAACAAAAAGACUCAUCCUGUUUUAUUUCAGCAGCCAAAGUGUAACAGACCGAGAAUCUUCGCCAAAUAAGGCGUCUCUGUUGUAAGUUUCAUCACUUUGACACCUACAUUGCAACAGCAGCUGUUUCAAGCAUUAAAAAAAAUCACCUAAAAAACAUCAGACUUUGUUCUUGUUUGCUUUUGUAGCUCAUAAAGAGGCAUAAAUAUUUAUUCCAGUCUUCUUCAUAACACCUCACAGGAGCUUUCAAGUUAUGACAGAACAGGGGUCAAACUUAUGAGUGUUUAGUUUCAAAGAAUGAAACCUCAUGUACUGCAUAAAAUACUCAACUUGAUUUUCUUUUUGUUGCAUAGCAUGUUUUUUAUGUUAUUAUGACAAAACAAAACUCAGUGCAUGAGUUGGCUGUUGGUUUUUAAAUCAGUUUAGUUUUAUGUGAGGAAGCCCCAAGAGGACAUGCGUCUAUACAUUUUAUUCUCACAGAUUUCUGAUAAUGGGGACUUUUCAGCUUUUUACUUAAAAUUUGACUCAUGUAAGCCUGAGAUGACAACACUUGGAUGAGUUUUAAAUCUCUGCAAAUUUUCUAUUUUUCUUGGUUUUACAGAGAUGGUCUUAGAAAUAAUCUUGCUCAUCAUCUGGAUGACUACUGUUAUCCAGAUGAUAAUGAGUAGGGAAGAACGGGAUUGAUUGUCACACUUUUUACUCUAGUGUGAAUGGCUCAUCAUCAAAUCAUCCAAUAGUCAUUCCUACAUUAAAUUCAAGCUUAAGAUGUUGGCUUGAAAUGUGUAUCCCUCUCAUUUUCCAACUUACUGUCACAAAGAGAUAAUUAACUAUCAAAGACACUGUGACACAUUGUGACAACCAACCCCAUCACAGGGAUGGUUGUCACAUACUAUGGUGUUGUUUGUCACAAUGUAAUUUUAAUGGGAAAAAUCUUAAAAAGAAAGCAAGAUGACCAAGCUAAUAUUGAAACUUUGAUUGCAUUGACAAGUUGACAGAAUAACAUAAAUUAAUGCAUCUUAACACAAAAUGAGCAAGGAACAUGACCAGGAACAUCUUUAUGCCUGUCUAUCAGCUUAGAGCAACAUAAAGAACAAUAAUAGCCUUUGCAACGCAGUCACUAUCUGAGUUACAGUGAUGCAAAUGUAGGGUCUGUGCACUCCAAGUAAGCAAAUCCAAUAAUUCUCCCAUUCCUUCCCCUGAACAGCUGUGACAACCAACCCCAAAGAGACUGUGACAGCCAUCCUCAACUGGAUUUUCUUGCUAGCAUCAAGGCUAACUGUCUGACAAUUUCUUAGCAAGCUAACAACAAUCUAAAGUAUAGCUUUCCCUUCACACAUUUAUGGGUAACAACUGUUCUGUUAUAAACCCAAAAUACUGAGGAGCUGAAUAUUUUCAAUUUGACAUGAAAAACAAACAAACAAAAAAAAAACAAAGUCCUCUCAUCUCAAGUUCAGCUGUCCUACUCCAGAGGAACAUAUUUAGGUGAGCUUUAGUACCAAUCCUGGAAUUUUCCGUACCAAAAUUUAGUGGCGAGAUAUGAGUGUGACAACCAACCCCAUUCUCCCUUAAGUUAUAGGGGUUGAUUGGCCAAUUAUUGGGCCAGUAUUCAGCAUUUGCCAUUAUCUAUCUGCUUUUUGUGCACAGUGAGUUGUACACAAGAACAGCUGAUGUAGUCCUGUUGACUCUGUUUACAAUGUCUCUCUAUCAGCCUAUCUAUGUUUGUUUUGUGCUUUUAAAACUCUGAGGCUAUGUAAUAGACCCUAAGAAAAACAACAAAAUUAAUUUAUCAAACGUAAAAUUGAGUGAAACACAUGUCUGGAUGCAUGCUCACUUUGGGCUUCCAUAUUAUAGAACUUUAAUUUGUUUACAUUUUAACUGAUUCUGAUUUCACAUUGUGAAAUGUUUACCCUUGACAGCAAUAACGAAUAUGAAUCAACAAUGUGAAGUUAUGUAAAUGAAACAAGGCAGAGCAAUUAUUCCAUUUGAAGAAAACCACCUCAUAUCAGAGAUUUCAUCUACUUUGUAUCUGUUAGCUUUCAAAGUACUGUACAUACUCCAGGUCUGAGAGCAGAAUUCACACUGAGCAUUUUAGCCAUGAAAUAGCCGAAGCUGUAGACAUUAAAAAAACAAAAACAUUCUGAAUAUUUUUGCAUGUUUUCAGACAAGCGAUAGUCCAGACUUGCAUUGCCUGACUCUUCGUUAUUUGAGCAUCACAGCCAGCUUGAUAACUUUUCAUACAGGUGUCAGUUUGAAGGGAAUAUCUGCCUUUUUCUGCCAUAGUUUUACACCAAAUAUAGUCAGAUAAAUGUCCACAACCAUAGAAAUCAGUAGAAAAGGCCACCCUGCUGCUCAAAGGCAAGGGAUGUCAGAAAUAAUCAUUAAAAAAUACACGAAUAUUGGAGGAGGUUCAUGGGAAAGGACUUACAGAUGAUGACUGCAAUGAUGGCUGAUAACCAAAUUUUAUUAUUUUUGAAACAAGGGUGCCAGUGAGCAAUAAGAUCUGGUGACACUUGCAAUGUUUUGAUCCUGUAAAUCAGUGUUUAUUAUAAUAAUUCUAUUUUUGGCAGAAUAAAUUGUUAAAAAAAAGUAUUUAGAUCAGCUGGCACUUAAAGCUCAGGAUACUAAUAGUCAUGAAAUAUUAUAAACAUAUUGGUAUAAAACUUUGUCACAGAGUCAUAGUCAUUACACAACCAAGGGUGCUAUCUGAUGUGUAACUCCAGUAUUGAAGUUUCUUCCCAUGUAUGAAAAUCAAUGCAGAAUGUAGCGCUUUGAGGGAAGGAUCUUAGUUUAUUAAAAGACUUUUAUUGCCAUUUCCCAGGCAUGAUUUCACACUUUCUGUUCAGCUUCUUAGUUUAGAACAAACUAAUGAGACUUCACGAGGACUGUGACAGAUGAGUCAUUGCUGAACUGUGCUUGUGUCAUCCCUCCACGCCUGCUUCUCUGCAGACAUGCUCCAGUAAGCUACAGAUAGCAACAGAGGUUUAUUUUCCAAUAAACUUUGAUCAAACUCAA